AACGAUCUCUCGCGCAAGUGUGGAUCUGGAAGCCCUGGGUUUCAAGACAAUAGGAACACCUCACAUUGCAAGUUUUUUGAAACGUGUGCUUCGUAUAAGUCCAGUUAAUGCUGAAGUCGGGCGUUCCCUAAGACGCAUGCGUUCUAGAAGAGACCAGCGAUACAGUGGCGUGGUCUUUUCAACGUCCGGCGUACAGGAGACGUCUGAGGUGGAAGAGGCAGUUACGGUUCCCAGUACGCAUGCGCUUUGAGGUCGAGGCGUUUCCUACAAAGGGUGUGGAGUGCAGGGCUCCUUGUUGCGCAGGCGCAAGGACUGUCCGUUGGAAUCGAAGCCUCUUAAAAUGGCAGAUGAUUUGGACUUCGAGACAGGAGAUGCAGGGGCCUCAGCCACCUUCCCAAUGCAGUGCUCAGCAUUACGUAAGAACGGCUUUGUGGUGCUCAAAGGCCGGCCAUGUAAGAUCGUCGAGAUGUCUACUUCCAAGACUGGCAAGCAUGGCCACGCAAAGGUCCACCUGGUUGGUAUUGACAUCUUUACUGGGAAGAAAUAUGAAGAUAUCUGCCCCUCAACUCAUAAUAUGGAUGUCCCCAACAUCAAAAGGAAUGAUUUCCAGCUGAUUGGCAUCCAGGAUGGGUACCUAUCACUGCUCCAGGACAGUGGGGAGGUGCGGGAGGACCUUCGUCUGCCUGAGGGAGACCUCGGCAAGGAGAUUGAGCAGAAGUAUGACUGUGGAGAAGAGAUCCUGAUCACAGUGCUGUCUGCCAUGACAGAGGAGGCAGCUGUUGCAAUCAAGGCCAUGGCAAAAUAACUGGCUCCCAGAGUGGCGGUGGUGGCAGCAGUGACCCUGGAGCCUGCAGAGGCCCCCUCUCCCAGCCUGGCCCAGCUCUGGCCUGGCCCUUGGCUGGACUCCUACACGAUUUAUUUGAUGUUUUAUUUUGGUUUCUCCCCCCAAUCUGUCGGGGAUCCCCCUGCCCUUCACCCUGCUCCCUUGGCCAGGAGCGAGCAAUGGCUUUGGUGAAGCUGCCCUCCUCUUCUCCCCUCGCACUACAGCCCUGGUGGGGGAGAGGGGCGGGUGCUGCUUGUGGUUUAGUUUUU